AUGAGACCCUACAGGAUGCUUCGCUCCCGCAACUUCGCGCACACUUCCGCAAGAUGCGUGACAACGCCCGUGGAAGCAAGGACGGACUUCCGCACAUUAAGUCCGGCUUUCGACAAGACGUUUUCUUCUACGCCGAUGCAGAUGCCACUGCCUCAGUGCUCAAAAACACACCACUUCCAAAGCGGAUGGCUAUGCGCUGCAGACCCGGAUUUCGACGAGCAGAAGAGCACGUCGAUUCAUCAUGGCGAGCAGUCCCAAGGCGUUGUUAAGGUCGCUAUCACUGCUUUAUUUACGACGUUUUAUGCGUGA